AUGUCAUAUUCUGUCACUUCCUUCUUUCCAAACGAGGAAUCGAUGAAGACUAACUCCGGCCGCAUUCAGCACCCCGAACAUUACACGGCGAGUCACCGGAUCUACAUAACUCCCCAGAAGUUCAUAACAGACGAGAACAUCGGCACUCUUUCAAGUGGAUAUUCAGAACACGCGGUUGUCUUGACCAAUACUCGUGGAGGCAACGAAGCGUCGAUCAGCCCCCCGAAUUACUGUCAAGAUAGUUUCUCUUGUAGAAAAGACGAGUUCGCGGGCCUAAGUAAGAUCGAAUUGGGCGCCGGUGAUUUGAAUCUUCUUCGGAUCCGGAAAUGGACCAACAUAGCACAGGGGUUUGCGGGCGACGAAAUACCCAGUAGGGACCAUAACCAUUCAAUUCCGGAGGACGCCGGGAUGUUAGCUCUUCAUAUAUCCGACCAAAGAAGGCCGACCACGUUCAAGUUGAAAGGCACGCCUCUGCCUCUUCAGCGUGAUGAUAAGCGGAUACAAAACAUUGCUUAUACAUACAGUUGGCCAGGCAUAAUUGUUCUGAAUCCCGAUCAUCGUCCCGGGGCCUGGGAUCACAGCCAUGGAACUCAGGAACAUAUUAUCACAGGGGUUAAUAUUUCCGACCGGGAGGUUCGGUGGAGCACAGCUGCAAGGGACUCUGAUCCUUUGCAGGAUAAGUACUUGUGGGGAAUGCAAAUAUAA